CCGCACCUCAUGCGCAGCAGUUCCGUCACACCACGUGCAGUUUCCCGCCUCAGUUGCUUCUAAAACAAAUCUCAGUAUUUCUCAGACGGGCAGGUGGUACCCCGGCGAUGAUUUAUAUUUGUAGUCUGAAGGAUAGCUAAUGACUCGUGUAGGAUUACUGUGUGUGAUACUGUAGCCUAGCUGGUAAACUGCCUUCAACCAUUCUCUUGAGGUAAGUUGUCGCGAUGUCUCCUCUGUCCACCCUCUUUCUCAUCCUUCCUCUCAUCACUGUCGUAUGGAGUAGCGGGGGAAUGGUCAAGGACAACUGCACGGCCCUCCCGGCAAUAAUCGGUCUGUUACCAAUGGAAGGCGAGGAGAGCCUAUUCGCAGCCGACUCGUUCGACCCCCGCCUCUCAAACACCAACGUGACGACGGAAGUCUACAGUAAGAUCUUUUCUCACUGGACCAGUGUCAAGAAAAUCUUCAUCCCAUUGGACCAGCGACAUGAGAAGAGAAAGUUGAGUCCUUCGGCAAAGAAUGGAACGCAGAUCUACAAGCAACUUGCCGGUGUCGACAUCAUCGUAGGCCCUUACUACCCUGUCAUCGCGAGCUACGCAAAGAUGAUGAACAUAGCAUACAUUCUGACCAAGCCCCCGAACCUUCACAUCGAACGGAAAAUGACGGAAGAAUCCAAUGACAACCGCGUGCUGUUUUCAAUAUGGCCGUCGUGGGAGACGUUCUACCGGGAUUCAGUGGAAGCCAUGUUGGAUUCCCGGAAGGAGCGGUCGGAGUGGGGCAUUAGGUCACUUGGGAGAGUCCUCAUCAUACGGGAGGGCCUCAGUGAGGAUUCUUUAGAGAUCGCCAACCUUCUCCAGACUCUCCUUUUGGAAACGGGGCGAACCACUCGGAUAAAGAUGGUCACCCUGACAAAGAAGGAUGAGGAACACACCCUGAGCAUUCUCAAAGACGUGGUGGUGCCCAUUAGACCGCACAUCAUCGUGUAUCUGUAUGACAGGCAGGAUGACCUGAACCUCUUGUUUGAGCUUUACAGGACAAUUAUCGUAGAACAUCAUAUGGGAUCCUACGUGACACAGGCUGAGUGGUUCUUCUGGGACAUGACUUCGCCAUACAGCGGCCUAAUGAGAAAACUCCUCACCGGGGACGGCUACCAAAUGGCUCGAAAGUUCAAGCUGCGAAGCGUCGGUCUCGAACCAUGCGUCCCCUUUGAUCACAUCCAUUGCGACUCGAUCCUGAAGGAAUCGACAGAAAUCGCAGGUUUCACCGAGGCCAUUGAGUUCUCUAUGGUGAUGAUGUGUAAAUACGAAAUCUUCUCAGGGUACAGCGCCAAGGAUAUCUUUCUGUCCAUUUUAAGAUUGACAGACCUAGAGGACGCUACGAUCUACGAUUAUUGCUACACGCACUUCUCUGCGGGACUAUCAUUCCAAAAUGGCUUCCGGAUAUUUCCAGGUAUUCACGUCGGCACACUCCGUCCAAAGAAGGUUUCUGGUACAGGUCUAAAGACUCAUACAUAUCUCUUCUGUACCUCAAAGCUAGAGCUCCACUGGACUAAAUACUUCGAUAAAGAGACGAGAAAUAUCACCCACAAGAUCAUCAGUAUCAAGAGGAAGCCGACCCUCUCCACAAAAAGGCCCGCUGAUGCGCCGGUGUCAGUGGUGGUGGUCAGGGAAGAACCGUUUGGAUUUCAAAACAAGUACGGAGGUGGUUGGUCGGGACUUACUGUAGAUAUAGUCAAGAAGGCCUUUGAGAUCAUGACCAAGAAGCGAGGUGUGUUGAUAAAGUACCACAUGUAUGCCACGAAGAAGAACGAGUAUGGUUCCCUGAAUAAAGAGAACAAGACGUGGACUGGAGCCAUGGGCGAGCUCCAGUCAGGGAGAGCAGACGUAGCAAUAGGAAUGAUCUCGAAAACGAAGGAGAGAAAGCACUACUUCGCCUUCACGCCAGCGUUUGAAUACGUGGGUAUAACGUACAUGGCGUUGAAGGAGGAACACCCGGGCAGCAUGUUUGGUUUCUUGAAGCCAUUCGAUUCUAACCUCUGGUGGGGCAUGUUUGUGGUGUUUAUCCUCUCAGCUGUAUUCAUCCGCAUCCUGGACUAUUGGAAUCCGUUCUACGAUGCCGUGCCGGAGGAGAACCGGUUCGAUAUCAACGAAAGUAUCUGGUACUCCUUUGGAGUUUCGAGUGGGGCCGGCGGUGGCGAUUUCGCCCCCAUGAUGUACCCCACGCGUGUAUUUACUGUAUUUUACUGGUUCUUUGCGCUCAUUAUAACUGCAAGUUACACCGGUAACUUAGCCAGUUUCCUGACUGAAAAGUACGAAAUUCUACCAACUUUAACUCUGUCCAAGUUGCCGUUCAAAAAGGACUACGAAUUUGGCACCCUGAAGGGGUCCUUUAUGGAAUCGUAUAUCAGGUCUAUGCCAGGGAAUUAUAAGGCAUUGGCAGCAAAUCUGAAGUACGUGGACAGUUAUAAACAUGGCGUGGAGAGAGUUGAAGAUGGCAAGUUUGCCUUUGUCGGGAAUAAUUUGCUUUUGAAAAAUUAUGAAGCUAAAGAUCCGUCCUGUUCCAUAGCUGUUUCCCCCGAAGUGGAAGCCUACACCGAGUUAGCCUUCCCAAUCAAUAGAAAAUGGCCGUUACGGCGAGAUUUCGUCAAUGCGGUCGUCCAGAUGAGAGCUGAUGGUUCCAUAGCUGAUAUACUUAAAGCCUGGCUUCGUUACGAAACCGAGUGCAUCAACGAGGAAGCGGAAGAGGAAGAAGAACACACCAGCCUCGCUCUCAAAAACUUCUAUGGCCUCUAUAUCGUGCUGGCCAUAUGCAUUGCCAUCUCCUUCGUUGUUCUCUUCAUAAAAUUGGGUUAUUUGAAGUGCGUGGAAAGGAACCACGGGACGCCAUCAGCCGACCCCGAGACCUUAAGGAUGAAUGAUAAAGAGGUUCCGCCAGACUCUGAUGACAAAGAGACUGACGUAUGAACGGGUGGAGUUGUGUCAAAAGGUAGAUGACGGUGAUGACAUGACUUGCCUCCAACUUGGCGUAGUUCCAACGCUUCAUACAGCCAAUAAUGCAUCUUGACCCUCCAUGUAUUGACAUUGCUCAGCUUCGAGACACCGUCGGAGGAAAUAGCGCUGGAAGGUCAUGCCAUUAAUGGUGCAAGUGACAGCUAGUGUCAUGUGCAUAAGACAUCAUUAGAAAACUAUGUGACGUAGUUCAGGACGAAGUGCUCUUCAACUGAUAUGUUUGUAUGAAAUGGGGAGCGCUGCUGUUUGCGAUGACGAUUACCGCCAUAUGAUUUCAUGUGAAGUUCUUAUCUCCAACAAGAAAAGCACACGACUAAAGAAAAGCACACGACUACAAGAUGUUGUAAUGAUGUAAAAUAAGUGUAUUGCUCAAGAUUCUCAGGACUACAUUGAAAGGAGUUCUGCCGUAGUGCUACUUGGUGUGUCAAUUGAAAAGUUGAUGAAACUAUCAUUAGUUAUGUACAAGAAAAACAUCAACUAACGUUAAUAAACAGAGUGUAUUCCGAUUUCAAUAACACGCGUUGAUAGUGCGUGUUCACGUACAACUAAAGUCGAUGAUUCGAUUUUGUGAUAGCAUGUUAGUGUCAAAUCAUGGUGUUGGUGGCUCUGGGCCAUGUUGUCGGUGCUCCUCUGAGAAUAAGUGGCAAAACUGGAUAAAUUCUACCUUGAUUCACCUUGACAAGGUUUGGCCUGUGUGUUUAGCUAUUCCCAUGUAACAAUCCCAUUGCUUUUUGCAAUUGAUUUUGUAAAUACAUGUACGAUGUAUACGUCCACAUUUUAGUGUUUACAAUUUAUACCUCACAUUUUGUACACAAUAUAUUAGACAGUACACGUUUGUGAAUUUCUUUAAGAAAAUAAAGCAAAAAUACAAGCGAACUAUGUGACGA